AUGUCUACCAAUGCAGAACCGGCAACGGCCGUGGCUGAACCACCACCUCAAACCAUCGUCGCCGACGGCAACACCACGACCAACACCCAAAGGCCUGCUCAGCACGAACGGCCUUCGCUCACCGAAGCUCUCACGCUUCGUCGUAAUCUGCUCAAGUCACUAUGGAUUGGAAUGCGACAGCUUCCACGAGGUCGACGCAUCAUCCUCACAAUUCGACUCGCCGUCUCUUUUGCCCAGAUCAUUGCCUUCAUCCCUGUGUUGGCACUUCCCGGCUCACGUCGUGUCUCACCUUCACACGAGACGGGCAGAGUCUGCGAUCCGGACAGCCUCUUCAACUAUCUCGUGGUACAUAUCAUUCGUCUUGCCCUCGACAUCCCCGUCGAACUCUACCUCGGUCUCAGUCCGCAUCGCACGCGACGAGGUCGUCGAGCUAGCCCCGAAGCAAGAGCCAUUGCCGAACGCGACCGACCCCUUGGCUCAGAAUACCUUGAUAUGAAAGUUGGCAAGAUCAGCACGUUGCUCGGCAUUGCCUCGCUCGUCAUCUUCGUCGUGGGCAACGCCAUCGUCUACAGCUCGACCGAAUGCUCGCACAAGCCGGCGGAGGCAGUUGCGCUCUUUUGGACCGCACUGGCUUCGCUCAUUGUGGUGUAUAUCUUCAUCUUCGAGAUUGCAGUGUUGGCGUUCCUGAUCGUAUGCGCACUACCGUUGUUGAUCAUGGUGAUGCGCGCGUUGGGACUGACGCAUCGUUUGCCGCAGAGGGAGUUGCAUCCGGAGACGGGAAAGAUCGAUCAGAUGGAGGUGGAUAAGCGAGUCAAGUUGGUCUACUACACGCCUGCGGAAGAGGAGGAUGCGGUAGACGGGGUGAUCACCGAGCAGACGGCUGGCGCUGAUCAGCAGAAUGUCGAGGAAUGUGAGGAGACCGCGCAGCAGCAGGGUGAAUCGAGACCGAGCCGACCCGCAAUGGAUUCGAGGCAGUCGACGCAGCAAUCAACCCAGGCCACAUCACGGACCAUCUGGGGCAACGUAAGUCGCCUAACUCGAUUGUUGAUAGCGCGUCGUCGAUCCGAGACCUCUGCUACUCGUCUCAGCGGCGGUCUCAAGCCCGUCACGCCAGCGAACCACACAGUCACCUCACCCACCAGCACACCGCAGACAGAGACAGGCGCAACCGCAAGCACUUCACCCAACCUCACCGCCAGCCGUCGUGGCAAGAAGCUCAAAUACCCACUUCAUCCGCUGCCUGCUCACCGUGCCACCUGCCCGAUCUGUCUCUGCGACUUCGAAGAGCCUUCGCCGGACGAGGAGCCAGAACCGGAGCCGUUGCGGCUGCUCGAGUGCGGACACGUGAUGCACCGGGGGUGUGUCGAUCAGUGGCUGACUACUGUUUCUGGACGAUGUCCGGUGUGCCAGAAGGCGGUGAUUCCGGAGAUGGAGAAGGCUGGGGAGCAGCAGGCGGUGACGGUGCAAGAUGCGGGUAGGGAAGGCGUUGCGCAGCCAGAGGUGAUGGAAGAGCAGACAGGAAGCGGCGAGGCUGCACCGGCGGCGGAGGCGCCAGUGGAUGGUCCGGCAGUUCAAGAAGCAAGUGGCGCCGGAGCAUCGGUACCGGCUCGGGAUGCGGCGGAAGUAAGCGUCGAUGGAGAAGCGCACGAACUGCAGCCUCUUCCGUCUAGCGCGUCUACCGCUGCGCAGCUGACCCCCGUGAAUCAUGUAUCACCGCCCUAA